UCUUGUUGUCAAGCAGCUCAAAUGAUGCGCGUGUGUACAUUUGUUUUGGAGUUGCGUUCAAUGUCCGGUCAACGAGUCAAAUGAUAUACAUUGUAUAAGAAAGGAUAUUCGAAAAGGCACCGUUUCCGGGGCUCCAUCCGUGUCACUGCGGACCUCGGCCAGUGCGCUCCCGUUGAAUAACAGGACGUUUUUGCGUCCAUCUACCAUAUUCGCAGCACGCGCAUUAAUAAAGCAUUGUAGGUGCGUCACUGCGCGUGGACCAAGUGUGUCAAGUCAUGCAUAAUAACUGGCCGGAUGGGUCAAGGUGUCUUUUUUCUUCUCCUGACGGAAGGGCAGCUGUAUUUACCGACGUAUGCAAAUGAGCACAGGGGAGGUCCUAUGCCCACACGCCAUUCAGUUUCACGUUGCAGUUUCGAGUUUCCUGCGUGGAAGGGGAAAACGCAACGUGGCGAAAUCGGGUGACUAUCUCCACGUAUGUGCUCCGUGUAAUUCAUGGCGUCGAGGAGUCCUUCUGAUACAGUCUUGGAGUGCGUUCGCUUUCGAUUCAAUGGGUGAUCGCGGAAUGGGUUUUAUUGCACUUGUGCGGGCCUGUUAACGUCAGAUCCUCAACGGAGUCGCUCCACUUGUUGCUCCUCAAACCAUGCAGGAUGAUUUACUGAUGGACACAAACACAGCCCAGGCUCACCAUCGGCAAGAUCCGACGCAAAUAGACCCUCCUCCCUCCUCCUCCACCCCGACCCCGUCAUUGGAGCCCUCUUCCUCAUCGCCGGGGUCGGAGAGUCCGUCGACCGGGAGCAGCACUACGGACAAAGUGUCCAUGGAGUCACCGAUCCUGGCAGGGUUGAACUUCCACCAGCAGCCACAGGAGACCGAAGGUCCCAUUUCCUCCCCGUCCUCCUCUUUCGGAAGCACUUGGUCCACGGGGAACACCGACGUGGUGGACGAAAGCUUUUUCCGGGGAAUACCUUCCGUGAACGGGACGAUGCUUUUCCAGAACUUCCCCCACCACGUCAACGCGGUCUUCGGGGGUCACUUCUCCCCGCAGAUGGGACUCGGCCCCCAGUCUCAAUCUCAACGGCAUCAACAACCGGCGCAGCAGCCCCAGCACAGAUCCCCGCUCAGCCCCGGCCGAGGCCCCUACCCCCAGAGAAACGCUUAUCAGACCAUCGCUAAAGGGUCCUCUUCCGCCGUAUCGUCACCGGCUUGGAAUAAUCACCAAAACGCCGGGUGGAGCACCGGCUCCAACCACCCUUGGAGCGGGCUGCAGGCAGGCAGGGACCCACGCAGAGCUCUUUCCUCUCCUGUGAGCCCAAUUUCCCCCAUGAAAAAACCUUACGGCAGCAAUCUUAUCGCACCGCCGAAAUUUCCAAGACCCGGGCCCCUCACCCCCAAGGCCUGGAACGAGGACGGCGCCUUCAGGACUGACAGCAAUUUGCUACCUUUCCAGGACCGGAAUAGGCCCUUGGAUACAUUUAGCUUGCACUCUUUGGAGAAUUCCUUAAUGGAAUUGAUAAGGACUGACCACGACAAAGGACGUAUGGGCAUUAACUUCCAUCAUCCUGGAGCCGAACACAUAAUGCCACUGAACAGCCGGAGCUUUGGCCGCAGAAGAGCCUGCUGUCCUCCUCACCUUUCCUCUCCUCCUACUGUAGGUCGUUCCUACCUUUUUCCCUUUGAAGAUGGCUUCCUUGACGAUGGCCACGGUGACCUUUCCUUGCCCCCCGGACUGAACUCUCCAACCCACUGUCAGAAUGGAGAGCGGAUGGAGCGCUACUCCCGCAAGGUCUUUGUUGGAGGCCUACCCCCAGAUAUAGAUGAAGAUGAGAUCACCAACAGUUUCCGUCGCUAUGGACACCUGUUAGUUGACUGGCCCCACAAAGCUGAGAGCAAAUCCUACUUCCCGCCGAAAGGUUAUGCCUUCCUACUGUUCCAAGAAGAGACCUCUGUUCAGGCCUUGAUUGACGCCUGUAUCGAGGAGGACAGCAAGCUCUACCUGUGUGUGUCCAGUCCCACCAUUAAAGACAAGCCGGUCCAGAUCCGUCCAUGGAACCUGAGUGACAGUGACUUCGUCAUGGAUGGCUCCCAGCCUUUGGACCCCCGCAAGACUAUCUUUGUAGGGGGAGUUCCCCGGCCUUUGCGUGCAGUGGAGCUGGCAAUGAUCAUGGAUCGGUUGUACGGAGGUGUUUGCUACGCCGGCAUCGACACCGACCCGGAGCUCAAAUACCCGAAAGGGGCCGGGCGCGUGGCCUUCUCCAAUCAGCAGAGCUACAUCGCUGCCAUCAGCGCUCGCUUCGUUCAGCUGCAGCACAAUGACAUCGACAAAAGGGUGGAGGUGAAGCCGUACGUGCUGGACGAUCAGAUGUGUGAUGAGUGCCAGGGGGCGCGCUGCGGGGGGAAGUUUGCGCCGUUCUUCUGUGCCAACGUCACGUGUCUGCAGUACUACUGCGAGUACUGCUGGGCCAGCAUUCACUCGCGAGCAGGCCGAGAGUUCCACAAGCCCCUGGUGAAGGAGGGAGGCGACCGCCCUCGACACGUGUCCUUCCGCUGGAGCUGAGUAGUGUGGCUGCUUGACUAUCCCAUUCGCAGAUACAUAGAAAACAAAUAGGCCCUCCCUCCAUCCGUAAGCACAUCAUGACAAGCGACACAAAACAUCCCAUCUUCGCGCCCUCUGGCCCGACUUGUCUCCCCCUCUAAUGAAGCAUUGUGAGAAGUUAAAGCUUAGAAUUUGCACUUUGGCGUACCAUCUCAAUCAAACACACACACAGGAUGUAACUUCAGACACUUGACUACUUUCAGCUCACUCUUCUUUUGACUGGGCGGCCUGGUCCUGCUGAACCCCCCCUCCAUAACCACAUCGAGGUGGGAACAUAUAAAUAUUUAAAAAAGAAAAAAAGAAGUCUAUUUUAGUUUUGUACCUAUCUAUAAAUAUAUGGAUUAUUUUUAAUUUAAUAUAAAAGGACAAUGCACUUAUUUUCAAAAGCUAUAGGCCCCAAGAGAAAAAGUCACUGAAGGUGCAUUAAGGAACAUUAAAAGAUUUGGGCCCUGAAAUGAUGAAAAUAACAGCUUAUAAUUACUCGCUCUAUAAAUUUAAAUAUUAAUACCUCAUACACACAACCAGAUUAGUUCACUGUUGAUUUCUAGGUCUUUAUUUUUUUAUAACGUAAUUUUUUUUUUUUUUUUUUUUAGAGUUCUGUAAAUGUAAUGCUGCAACGGCUUUGCUGCUAAAUUGACGGUAUGAUCGGAUACCAGAAGUACACGCACCUCGUGUGUAAAAAGAACACAGAUCCGCAGGGGCGCUCAUGACACAAAAGAUGGCUGCCAUCGAAGCGCGUGCUUAUUUCAGGUCGUCGCGCGCACCCGACUUUUUGAAUACUGCCCAUGUUUGCACAACGCACAACAGAUUCAUCGAAAGGCAAUCAACAUUCAAAGCACCGUGUGGGUAGAUGCAACCUUAAGUAUCACAAAUCCAAUUAGGUGUAAAAUCACCGUGACAAACUGUCUCUGAUAGGUGAAGUACUUUUAUUUUUUCGCAGUGGUGGUUGUUAUAUUUGUGCAAUUUUUAUACCGUAUCUAGUUAGGUCAGAGUAUGCCUAGAACUGUGAUUCGUUUUAGCUGUCGUUCAAGUCCGACAAAAGUGAUGUUUCACAGGACUUCUAUCAUAGGCACGUGUGUAUUUGUGCUCUUGUACACACAUUACAUAUAUAUUAUGUACACAUUUGAUCUUAUAUAUAUAUAUAUAUAUAUAUAUAAGAUAAAUUGUAAUGCAAUUCAAACAGUAGUCACUUGAAACUGACAAAAGUAAUGAGAACAAUUUACAGAAAAUUAACUCAUGGAAAUCAGGCAUUGCUGGUUUUUGUGGUCUAACGGAAUUCUUUUUCAAAAAAACAAAACAAACAAAAAACCAAACAAACCUGGCCUGGCAACAAAAAUAAUGUACCAAAUGAUUUCCGUAACUCUACACGAGACGUCUGCACCUGUCAACAGUUAUUUUGUCCCACUCCUUGUAAGCAAACUGCUCCAGCUGUCUCAAGUUUGAAGGGGGCCUUCUCCAUACUGCCUGUUUCAGCUCCUUCCACACAUGUUCAAUAGGUUUUAGAUCGGGGCACACAGAAGACAACUUCCAAAUAGUCUGAUGUUUUGUUCUGAGCUAUUCUUGGCCGUCUUAACAUAACAUAACAUAACCAAGCCUCCUUCAUGUUUUACUGUAGGUACAGUAUUCUUUGCUUUGUGUGUCAGUUUGAAGUUAAGUGAACAUUGUGGGCUUUUCUUUCUUUGACAAUUUUGCAUGUUUCCUGAGUACAAAUUUGCAACAAAGGUACACUGUACCUACAGUAAAACAUGGAGGAUGCUUGGUUCUAUGUCUGUUUUUGGAAUCUGUGCAGCGAAAAAUGAAAUCUUAAGACUUUCAAGGCAUUCCGGACUAAAAUGUGCUGCCCAGUGUCAAAACGUUUGGUCUCAUCCGCAGGUCAAAACAUCAGACAAUUCUGAAGUGGCCCACUUUGAGCCCUGAUCUUAAUCCUAUUAACCGUACGGUCUGGAGAAGGCACCUUUCAAACAUGAGCCUACGGAAAGAUGCUUGAGCAUUUAUUCGAUAAUCCAUAUCCUUCAUAUCUAUGUAACCAGUACACUCUUUGUCCUCACCAGUAAGACAAUUAGCACACUGGUAGAAGUGCCACUUUUGACCUACUAGUGCUCAAACCGCUAACCAUAUGAGCCAAUGAGAGCAGUUUGUGUCGCUGAGAAUGAUGGAAAUUGUUGAGCGGCUCCCUCAAAAGGCAGUGCACCAAAAUAUUAUGCCAGGCCAGUGAAUUUUUCACCCAUUUUUGUUCAUUUUCAAGUUAUUCAAUCACUGUUUGAAGAGUACCAAAAAUCUAUCCUUCAUGUGUAUGAAUAUACAUGUAACAGCUGUCUUUGCAAUGCACACAAACUGAUCUGAAGAGAAGACAACGUUAGAUGAAAAGGAAAACGAUGAGCGUUGGAUGAUUUGUAAAUGUUCCAGAAGUCAACCAAAGAGCUUGUGAGCGUUGACGAGCAGCCUAACAUGAGGCGCUGCUGCUGCUCUCGUAGAGGAGGCGUCGACGACGAACGGAAUUGAAGCGACUCGUUGAAAAGAAGGCACGUUCUCUACACAUUGAUAGAAAUAUAUACAGAUGUGCUAUCAAGGCCCUUUUAUUUUGUCCUGCGAAGCUUGAAGUAACCGACCUGCUAACAAUCGAUCUGUGUUAUUUAUGAAAAAAGAGAGCGCAGUGAUGGCAAAUGAAACCGUUUUUUUUUUUUAAUAGCAGUUUUGUGGACAAUCCAUAAAGGAUCGUUGCAAGGUCGCACGUGUUGUCACUUUUUAUUUUUGUUUGGGGUAGAUUGUGCCAUGCCCUGAAAGCGCUUGUCUUUUAGUCACAAACUGUUUUUUAUUCUUUGCAUUAGUAUGUUUUUUUUUUUUAAUUAAUAAAAUAAGAUGUAUAUUUUUUACUAAUGUAAAGAAAGCUAAAAGAAACUAGAGGCUAACCAUAAAUAAUAUGUAUCCCUAUGAAAGUGAAUUUUGGGUCUUUUUGUGACAUUUCCUUUCCCACCCAGGCAGGUUUUCUGUUUGUUUCUUCUCGACAGGAUAGUUGUUUGUUAUGCACUACCCUUUGUAUCCAGUUUUCAAGAGUCUACAGUUGUUUUUGUUAAAAGACAAAAAAAAAAAAAGAUAAAGCUUGCUUUCUGACUGACAAGAUCUUUUGCAAUACCUCAAUAUUGAAAUAUAAUGGGAGAGAAACUGCUAUUUUCUAAGUUUAUUCUGAAGAAAAAAAUAUUAAUUUAAUUAAAGAGAAAUUAUUUAACAUGUUUUUUUUUGUUGCUGUUUUUUCUUUAAACUUGUUUGCUUUUAUUUUACAAAUUUAUUUUUGGAGACGAUGACAGUUGAAGUUUGUAACUAAUGUGUAGUUCUUGUGAGCAAGAGUACAGCCUAGUUUAUUGGCGGUCAUGUCGGAAAUACUAAGAGGAAAAAAAAUAUUUUGUCCCCACUUUUGUAUCUUUAUAAUCACGUAUUUACUAUGUUGUCCAGCGUUGUAAAAGAGGUCCUGUUUUUUUAAGAUGUUUAUUUUUUCUAAAAAAUAUAUGCUCCAAUAGUUUCUGUCGUUUUAUUUUUAUUUUUUACCCUACUAUGUUAGCUUGGCCUCAUUGCAAGAGUGAGUGGAGGUUGUAAGAAAAGAAUGUUAUUUAAACAGAAAGCAGACAACUUGACCGACAGCCCCAAAGGUGCAUCAAGACUGGUGGCCUUUUUCUCAUGCAACACUUGAAUUUGCCACAUUUUGUUUCUUCUAAAGCUAAGAACCUCUUUGUUGUUAUGUGCAAUACCGUUUGUACUAUUUGUAAAAAAGACACACACAAAAAAAACUGAAAAAAGUGGCAUAAGUUAUUUUCAUUAUGAUUCACAAAAAUAAUUUUCUACUGUGUAUUUACCAAAUCGUACCUUCCAGUAGUAUGUAGCCUUUGUACUGAGAAAGUUUUCAUUAGUUUCAUUUUUCAUUUCAUAUUAAAUCAAUGAUUUUGCGAGAGAGAAAGAGAGAGACUAACAUUUUCAUAAUUUUGUUUUGUAUUUGCUUUUGCUGAUUCAUUUCUCAAUCAUUAAGAUUUAUUGGGGGAGCCUUUUCAUAUCUGGUCAAUGUAAUUCAUAUAUUAUUUUGUAUUUUUACAUGGAAUAAAUUAAUUUUGUGAUGCUAAUUCUUUCAAAAUUGUUUGAUUUUAUUUUCACUUUUUAAUUUUUGAAGCUGGAGUUUCUUAAAAUAAUGGUAUCACGUGGACUCUUUAAAAUGCUUAGCUUUGUGUGUCAAUAAUGUGAAAAUGAUCUAAAUGGGCGGAGAUAAGUAGGCCUACACAAGCAAAAAGCUUGGGACUUGAAAAAUUUGCCAUGUAAAACAAAUUGGCAAAAAAAAAAAAUAUAUAUAUAUAUAUAUUUGCAAUACUUUUUUUUGUAACAGCAUGGCCCAUUUAACACAAGAUAACUCAAGCUGACUUGGUGUAGUAAAGUCAUUUAUUCUGAAACAAUCGCCGAUUGGCACUUCUCCUUUGUCACGUGUGAGUGUAACUAUAGAGCUUCAGUGCAUAUUAUACAGCAUUUGUAUGACCUGUGGAAAUCUUUUUAGCUCCACUGGGCAGUGAUUCCCAACCAGGGUGCUGUGGCACAGGAUAGUGUGGGGCUGCCCUACUUCAUUUAAUUUGUCCCAGUGACAAGUUGAAAAAUUAAAUGCUUUUCCAUUGGAUAGCAGACAGUACAAUGAACCCGUGUAUCCAUGUGUUGCCAUUCAUACAACAGAAUGGCUUUCUGCGAGUAUAUCAGCUUUGUGUUAAAUUAUACACACUAAGUACAUUUAAUAAUUGAGAUGAGAUCAUUUCAGUCUUCAUACUUUUUGUGACAUUUUUGUAUGGUGUCUUGAGCUUUUUAGAAUGCAAAAGAGGUGCCUCGGCUGAUCUACACAAUGCUUUCUCUCGUCAUGUCCUCAAACAAUAAAUACACUAAAAGAAAUCAUUUGGGAUGCACAUCAUUAAUGUGGUGAACUGACAAUUUUCCCCUUUUUUCCUCAAAAACAACUACGUUGGUCUCACACAUUUAAUUAUGUGUAUCUGAUGUACAUGUUCAAAUUAAGUCAAUUCAAAGGACUCUUUCCUCUGUAGGAAACCUUGAUUUUCAUGCUCAUGUCUGAUUUAAUUUUUAAUUAACAUCUUGGAGAAAUGUAUGCUCUCCAGUCCUCUUAUGUCUCCAUCCCAACAAAAAGAAUGUAAUUGCUACAGUGGCCCAGUAUAGUUCAGCACCAUACGUGUAUUAGUUUCACCUUCAUUUUUGCACAAGUACUUGUAGCAAAGUUAGCUGAAUUAUAGAGCAUAGGUGAAACCGGUCUGACUCACUUCUAUGCGUCAUGUUCUAAUCUCCAAUCCAAACUAGAUCAGAUAUUUCCAAACACAAAGUUUACCGGUUUUAUUUAUUAAAUAUGAAUCUGCUUUCUAUAUUUGCAUUUACCUUAAAAGUUUGGAGAAUGACUUGGAUGUCUGGAGGCAAAUAUUACUCAUGCUGACUACUACUUUGGAUGCUUCCCUUGUUUUCUGUACUAAUGGACAAAUGUUAUUGAAUGGAUUGUAUGAUGCCCUGGCAACUCGUCUUUUCUGUAACAUUGUUCUGUAGCCAAGCUAACCACUAUUAAAGUACCACAUUCAAAUGA